AUGACAGACACAAGCGCCUCACAUCUGGAACCAUCCACCGCGUCGUUUGUAGAAUAUGAGCAGAUCAUCCUCUUCGGCGACUCCAUCACCCAGGGUUCGUGCAGUCAGCAGGAGGGCUUUGCUUUUAUGCCCGCGCUUCAGCAUGACUAUGUACGGAAAUUCGACGUUAUCAACCGUGGCUUCAAUGGCUAUACAUCCCAGCAGGGUCUAGAAAUCCUCCCCAGCUUCUUCCCAUCACCCCAAAAGGCUAAAGUUCGCUUGAUGACCAUCUUCUUCGGCGCCAACGAUGCCGUCCUCCCCCCUUUCCAACAGCACGUCCCCCUCCCCCUCUACAAAAUCGGCCUCUCAAAAAUCCUCACCCACCCCCUCAUCCAAAAUCACCACCCGGAAACAAGGCUGCUCCUCCUAACCCCGCCGCCCAUCAAUGAGUAUCAAUUAGAACCCGCCGCAGCCGCAGAAACACAAUCUGCACCAGCACCAGCACCAGUCAUCCGCAAAGCGGACACGACAAAGCAGUACGCAGAGGCAUGUCGGGAUGUCGGAAGGGAGCUUGGAGUGCCUGUUGUGGAUACAUGGGCUGCGUUUAUGAAGGAGGCCGGGUGGGAGGAGGGGGAGCCGUUGGCGGGGUCCAAGAGGGCACCGGCCAACGUGAGGUUGGGAGAGUUGUUGUCGGAUGGGCUCCACUUUAGUCCGGAGGGGUAUAGAGUUAUGUAUCGGGAGGUUAUGAAGGUGAUUCGGGCGUGUUAUCCUGAACUCGCGCCAGAGAAGGUCCCUAUGAGGUUUCCGGGGUGGGAGAAGGCGCCAACGGGGGUUUUGUGA